AUGGAAUGGCUAGACAAGCUCCCGACCGAGCUUCGUCAGGAGGUUGAGCUGGUGAUUAAGCAGGUACCGUCGCUGAAAAAGGUGCUCGACGAUCUUUACAAGUAUGCUACUGAAGACCCUGCCAAACGUCGGAAGGUCUCAGUGAAGCAGGAAAGCUCUGAUCUUGAGUUCAACGACGACUCGGGUAUCAUCUACCUGUCCACUCCAAUUGACCCACAGACGAUAAUCAUGGACAUCCAACAAGUUCUGUUUCAACAUCCCAUGCGUAAGCGGAUGAACUUCGUGUUUCAUUUGCUCGAACGGGAGGGCGAACCGACUCCGGCAUUACUGGUGGUGUCACCGACGACCGACAUCCCCGAGUUUACAGCUGUAAACCUCGACAAGACUAUUAAACUUGCCAUUCUUUUACCAAUUGUUGGUAACACUACACUGCCCAAAAAGAAAAACCUCGCAUCGCUUUGCCUUUGGAUUGAUCCAGCACGCAUGGGCUCUACGUAUCUUCAAAAAGGUGGAGAGCCUAUCAUUUGCCAAAUAAACCUCGAGCAGAUCAAGAAGGUUUUAGUCAAAGCGGGCAAAAUGCCGAAUAAUAUUGAACAACAGUACGAUGAGAAGGAAGAAAACGAUGUUUACUUACAUCCAAUUCAAGAGCAUAUUGUUAACUACUUCACCCGUCAAUUUGGUCUCUGUGGUAUUCAGCUCAAAAACUAUCUCCCCUGUAAGGAUAGCAAUGUGUUUAAUCUCAAUACAGACCAAGCAUUGGCUAUCGCCCCAGUGAGCAAUCCAACUCACAAUGUUUUGAUUAUGACGGAUUGUUAUAAGGGAUCCAAAGAUGGCGUGCUUGUAUUCCUUGAUUCGGGUACAUUCAUUUUUGGGUUCAAAAAGCCAAUUUUGUUGUUUGAUGUUCUGAUCAUCAAGUUCACAAGUUAUACGAACGUUACACGAAUGACGUUUUCACUCAACAUCACGGUGGAGGAAGAUGGCGGAGAAAAGACGCAUGAGUUUCUGAUGAUAGAUCAACAAUACUUUGCUGUCAUUGACGACUUUAUCAAGAACUUGCAAAUUAACGAUGCUCUGUUUGAUGCUAAGCUCAAAGAAAAACGCAAUGCCGAUGGGGAUAAUAGUAAACCGGCGAAUGCCGAAGAGGAUGAUGAUGAUGAUGAUGAUGAAGAGGAUAGAGAUUUCGUUGGAGGUGAAAUCGAUGCUGACGUGGCUGAGGAAUAUGAUAGCGAACAUGAUUCUGAUGGCGUGCUCCAAGAGGGCGUGGAGGAGGAUGAACUGGAAAAUUAG